GUAAGAGAGUGCUAGGCACAUAGCCUCCUCCUAUUCCUAAUCCUCCCACCAAAGAAAGAGGCACAGAGUUCAUUACUUAGUGGGGGCCAGCUGUGAUCGGCCAACUGCCAGCUGCCUUAAAAAGGAAGACCAGUGAUGCUAGGAUGGAGUGAAACCCAAGAGGAAGUGCCAUCAUGAGGAAUCAAUGAGAGAUCUGUGAAGAGAGAGGGCUGGGUGGGAGCCCAGAAGGAUGAAACCUGGAAGAUCAAUAUCUCCCGUGAGGGAAAUAACAAUGGAGCCAGGUUCUAAGUCAGUGUCUAGGUCAGACUGGCAACCUGAACCACACCAGAGGCCUAUAACCCCGCCAGAGCCUGGGCCAGAAAAGACACCCAUAGCCCAGCCAGAAUCGAAGACUCUGCAGGGAUCCAAUACCCAACAGAAGCCUGCUUCAAACCAAAGACCCCUCACCCAGCAGGAGACCCCUGCACAACAUGAUGCUGAAUCCCAGAAGGAACCUAGAGCCCAACAAAAAUCUGCUUCACAAGAGGAAUUUCUUGCCCCACAGAAGCCCGCACCACAGCAAUCACCUCACAUCCAAAGGGUGCCACUCACUCAACAGGAAGCUGCCUCCCAGCAGGGACCUGGGCUAGGAAAAGAAUCUACAACUCAACAGGAGCCAGCAUUGAGACAAAGACAUGUAGGCCAGCCAGGGCCUGGGCCAGGAGAGCCACCUCCAGCUCAACAAGAAGCUGAAUCAACACCUGCGGCCCAGGCUAAACCUGGAGCCAAAAGGGAGCCAUCUGCCCCGACUGAAUCUACGUCCCAAGAGACACCUGAACAAUCAGACAAGCAAACAACGCCAGUCCAGGGAGCCAAAUCCAACCAGGGAUCUUUGACAGAGCUGGGAUUUCUAACAAAACUUCAGGAACUAUCCAUACAGCGAUCAGCCCUAGAGUGGAAGGCACUUUCUGAGUGGGUCACAGAUUCUGAGUCAGAAUCAGAUGUGGGAUCAUCUUCAGACACAGAUUCUCCAGCCACGAUGGGUGGAAUGGUGGCCCAGGGAGUGAAGCUAGGCUUCAAAAGAAAAUCUGGUUAUAAAGUGAUGUCAGGAUACGGUGGGACGUCGCCACAUGAGAAAACCAGUGCUCGGAAUCACAGACACUACCAGGAUACAGGCCGGAGUACAAUGGUGUGAUCUUGGCUCACUACAACCUCCACCUCCCGGGUUCAAGCGAUUCUCCUGCCUCAGCCUCCCGAGUAGCUGGGAUUACAGGCACACACCACCAUGCCCAGCUAAUUUUUGUAUUUUUAGUAGAGAUGGGGUUUCACCAUGUUGGCCAGGCUGGUCUCAAACUCCUGACCUCAAGUGAUCCACCUGCCUCAGCCUCCCAAAGUGCUGGGAUUACAGGCAUUAGCCACCGUGCCCGGCCUCAAUAUUGUAUGUCUUAGGGAAUAUGGAGGCUCGAGAAGAGAGAUGGGGGAAAUGGCUGGUCAGUGGAGCAGUCAGAACACACACAGCAUUAAUCGCCUCAAGGCUCAUCCACAACAUGGACCUGCGCACAAUGACACAGUCGCUGGUGACUCUGGCGGAGGACAACAUAGCCUUCUUCUCGAGCCAGGGUCCUGGGGAAACGGCCCAGCGGCUGUCAGGCGUUUUUGCCGGUGUACGGGAGCAGGCGCUGGGGCUGGAGCCGGCCCUGGGCCGCCUGCUGGGUGUGGCGCACCUCUUUGACCUGGACCCAGAGACACCGGCCAACGGGUACCGCAGCCUGGUGCACACAGCCCGCUGCUGCCUGGCGCACCUCCUGCACAAAUCCCGCUAUGUGGCCUCCAACCGCCGCAGCAUCUUCUUCCGCACCAGCCACAACCUGGCCGAGCUGGAGGCCUACCUGGCUGCCCUCACCCAGCUCCGCGCUCUGGUCUACUACGCCCAGCGCCUGCUGGUUACCAAUCGGCCGGGGGUACUCUUCUUUGAGGGCGACGAGGGGCUCACCGCUGACUUCCUCCGGGAGUAUGUCACGCUGCAUAAGGGAUGCUUCUAUGGCCGCUGCCUGGGCUUCCAGUUCACGCCUGCCAUCCGGCCAUUCCUGCAGACCAUCUCCAUCGGGCUGGUGUCCUUCGGGGAGCACUACAAACGCAACGAGACAGGCCUCAGUGUGGCCGCCAGCUCUCUCUUCACCAGCGGCCGCUUUGCCAUCGACCCCGAGCUGCGUGGGGCUGAGUUUGAGCGGAUCACACAGAACCUGGACGUGCACUUCUGGAAAGCCUUCUGGAACAUCACCGAGAUGGAAGUGCUAUCGUCUCUGGCCAACAUGGCAUCGGCCACCGUGAGGGUAAGCCGCCUGCUCAGCCUGCCACCCGAAGCCUUUGAGAUGCCACUGACUGCCGACCCCACGCUCACGGUCACCAUCUCACCCCCACUGGCCCACACAGGCCCUGGGCCCGUCCUCGUCAGGCUCAUCUCCUAUGACCUGCGUGAAGGACAGGACAGUGAAGAGCUCAGCAGCCUGAUAAAGUCCAAUGGCCAACGGAGCCUGGAGCUGUGGCCGCGCCCCCAGCAGGCACCCCGCUCGCGGUCCCUGAUAGUACACUUCCACGGCGGUGGCUUUGUGGCCCAGACCUCCAGAUCCCACGAGCCCUACCUCAAGAGCUGGGCCCAGGAGCUGGGCGCCCCCAUCAUCUCCAUCGACUACUCCCUGGCCCCUGAGGCCCCCUUCCCCCGUGCGCUGGAGGAGUGCUUCUUCGCCUACUGCUGGGCCAUCAAGCACUGCGCCCUCCUUGGCUCAACAGGGGAACGAAUCUGCCUUGCGGGGGACAGUGCAGGCGGGAACCUCUGCUUCACCGUGGCUCUUCGGGCAGCAGCCUACGGGGUGCGGGUGCCAGAUGGCAUCAUGGCAGCCUACCCGGCCACAAUGCUGCAGCCUGCCGCCUCUCCCUCCCGCCUGCUGAGCCUCAUGGACCCCUUGCUGCCCCUCAGCGUGCUCUCCAAGUGUGUCAGCGCCUAUGCUGGUGCAAAGAUGGAGGACCACUCCAACUCAGACCAGAAAGCCCUCGGCAUGAUGGGGCUGGUGCGGCGGGACACAGCCCUGCUCCUCCGAGACUUCCGCCUGGGUGCCUCCUCAUGGCUCAACUCCUUCCUGGAGUUAAGUGGGCGCAAGUCCCAGAAGAUGUCGGAGCCCAUAGCAGAGCCGAUGCGCCGCAGUGUGUCUGAAGCAGCACUGGCCCAGCCCCAGGGCCCACUGGGCACGGAUUCCCUCGAGAACCUGACCCUGAGGGACUUGAGCCUGAGGGGAAACUCUGAGACGUCGUCGGACACCCCCGAGAUGUCGCUGUCAGCUGAGACACUUAGCCCCUCCACACCCUCCGAUGUCAACUUCUUAUUACCGCCUGAGGAUGCAGGGGAAGAGGCCGAGGCCAAAAAUGAGCUGAGCCCCAUGGACAGAGGCCUGGGCGUCCGUGCCGCCUUCCCCGAGGGUUUCCACCCCCGACGCUCCAGCCAGGGUGCCACACAGAUGCCCCUCUACUCCUCACCCAUAGUCAAGAACCCCUUCAUGUCGCCGCUGCUGGCACCCGACAACAUGCUCAAGAGCCUGCCACCUGUGCACAUCGUGGCGUGCGCGCUGGACCCCAUGCUGGACGACUCGGUCAUGCUCGCGCGGCGACUGCGCAACCUGGGCCAGCCGGUGACGCUGCGCGUGGUGGAGGACCUGCCGCACGGCUUCCUGACCCUAGCGGCGCUGUGCCGCGAGACGCGCCAGGCCGCAGAGCUGUGCGUGGAGCGCAUCCGCCUCGUCCUCACUCCGCCCGCCGGAGCCGGGCCGAGCGGGGAGACGGGGGCUGCGGGGGUAGACGGGGGCUGCGGGGGGCGACACUAAAAGCCUGUUGUUCCCAUCUGCGCCGGCCUCCGUCAUGAAUGCGUUCCGGGCCGGGCGGAAGGGGACGCGGGCUGUGCCUUACUUAAGUCGGGGGUGGCAAGGGGGCGGGGCGGGGGCCCGAAAGCUGAGACCCCCGCCACGGGGAGGGGGACGCGCACACACACCGGUCACCGAGACGGCUGGACCUGCACGCCACCGCUGCCUUUUGCUGCUGCUGCUGCGGCGACCGCCGCAGGGACGGGGACUGGCCCUCCCUUGCAGGUCGGUUGGUUUGUUUGUUGUAAAUAAAAGUAUUUAAUUA